CUGGGACUCGGAACUCACUGCAAAGGGACAACGUUGUGGUCAGUUCAGAGUUAGCCUCAGACAAGAGAGCACGAAGUGACCUGAUAAUGCGACUUUCGAAAGCACUGAUAGACAUGGACAUGGCAGACUACAGCGAGGCUCUGGACCCUGCCUACACUACAUUGGAGUUCGAAAAUAUGCAAGUCCUGGCGAUGGGCAAUGACUCCUCACCUGCCGAAAGUGCGAACAUGAAUGCCUCCAGUCACCUGAGUGCAGGAGCUCUGUGUGCGAUAUGUGGGGACAGAGCCACGGGGAAGCACUAUGGAGCCUCUAGCUGUGACGGCUGCAAGGGCUUCUUCCGGAGGAGCGUCCGGAAAAACCACAUGUACUCCUGCAGGUUUAACAGGCAGUGUAUUGUGGAUAAAGACAAGCGAAACCAGUGCCGCUACUGUAGGUUGAAGAAAUGUUUUCGGGCAGGCAUGAAAAAAGAAGCUGUUCAGAACGAAAGAGACCGAAUCAGCACCAGAAGGUCGAGCUACGAGGACAGUAGCCUACCGUCCAUUACAGCCCUGAUCCAGGCAGAGGUGUUGUCAAGACAGAUUUCCUCUACAUUGCCAAUACUAAAUGGAGAUAUCCGAACAAAGAAAAUUGCCAGUAUCAUCGACGUGUGUGAGUCCAUGAAACAGCAGCUCCUGGUCUUGGUAGAAUGGGCCAAAUACAUUCCAGCAUUCUGUGAACUAGCACUAGACGACCAGGUGGCUUUACUACGGGCACAUGCUGGGGAGCACCUACUGCUUGGAGCAGCAAAGAGGUCUAUGAUGUACAAAGACAUUUUACUAUUAGGAAAUGACCACAUUAUUCCUCGUAACUGCCCGGAUUUAGAAGUGAACCGGGUUGCCGUGCGCAUCCUGGAUGAACUGGUGCUGCCAUUUCAGGAGCUGCAGAUGGACGAUAAUGAAUACGCAUGCUUGAAAGCGAUUGUUUUCUUCGACCCAGAUUCCAAGGGUCUGAGUGACCUCAGUAAAAUCAAGAGGAUGCGCUACCAGGUUCAGGUGAGCCUGGAAGACUACAUCAACGACAGGCAGUAUGAUUCGAGGGGCCGCUUCGGGGAGCUGCUCCUCCUCUUGCCCACCCUGCAGAGCAUCACCUGGCAGAUGAUCGAGCAGAUCCAGUUCGUCAAGCUCUUCGGGAUGGCCAAGAUAGACAACCUCCUGCAGGAGAUGCUUCUAGGGGGUUCUGCAAACGAAGCCCCUCACACACCCCACACUCUCCACCCCCACUUGGUCCAAGAACAUCUCAGCAAUAUUGUCCUAGUGUCCAACAACAUGCCUAAUCAGAUUCACAAUGGACAGAUCUCCACUCCCGAAACUCCACUUCCUUCCCCUCCUGCAGGCUCCAGCUCAGAGCAGUACAAAAUGGCACAGGGGGUGAUCACUACUGUAGCCAAGCAGCCAAUAUCUAUCCAACAACCCAUCGCAACCAAGCAAGAGGCGAUGUAAGAGCCACGGGGGUGGAGGCGAUGUAAUAGUCAUGGGGGUGGAGCUCGGAACCUCCAAGCAGAAUGUGAAAUGAUUUUGGAUUAUCUUUUUUUUUUUUUUAAGUACAGCCAAGAAAGCUGUAGAAAUAAUAAUUUAUGGUAUCUAAACCUAUUGUACAGAUGUUAGGAAAAACUAUAUAUAUAUUUAUCUGUUGUGACCACAAGAUGGUAAGCUUGGACACAGAAGUCUAACAGACCGUUAAGAAAAGUAACUCAGCCUUUAACUUGAAAGACCCCCUGGCACACAGUGCCUUCUUUUCAGUCCUGGUGGUGAGAAGCUCACAGAAUAAAUGUAGUUUAGUUAGCCGUUUAAAAUGGUUUGCCGUCUACUUUUUCUACAAUGAUAUAAUAAAACCCAACAUGAAAAAAGCCUUGGAACAUAAUCCAAACAGCAACUUUUCUUCAAAUCUGGAAAUGAAAAGGAACCUUAUUCACAAAUAUGUUUUUAAAUGAAGCUUUACAUACUGCACUGCAACCCUUGGCAGACCCGCAGCAGUGCAAGUCUGAAAGCUCCAUUCACAAAGACAUGUUCUAUUGAUAUCAUAUGACAUGUUUUAUUGAUAUCAUAUGACAUGUUUUAUUGAUAGCAUAUGACAUGUUUUCUGGUGGUGGCAAAGCAGAGCUUCAUUUUUAUCAGCAGUCCUCCUGUUUGUUUGUUUGUUUGUUUUUUUAUUGCAUUUUACUGAAAAUUCAUGUUGUUGGUGCUUCAAUUAUAUGAUCAAAUGAGUAAUUCUAACAUUAGAGAAACAAUGUUAAAUAGUUUCCUACAUUUCUUUUUUUCUCUGGCUUCCAUCUGAUAAGAAUAGGCACAGUACAAGAAUGCAUACAUACAUACAUACAUACAUACAUACAGUACACACCUACAUUCAUUGUAACACUUCUAAAUGCUAUUAUUUACAGUGUAAAAUACAUACAGUUUGUGUAGCAGAAUACUGGUGCAACUUUUUGUCAAUAUUCCUUUGUUAAAACCUUCAGAUGUAAACCAAGCUGUUACUUAAAAACUGUCGUUUCAUAUUCUGAAAUGGGGUUACAGCCUUUUAUUGUACCUGCUGUCUUGGAAAGUGAGGCUUCUUUAAUUUAUUAAGUGCUUAAUUUCCCAACCAAAUCAAUGUAUAAAUUAUAAUGACUGUUUCUAGUGAUGCAUCGAAAGCAUAAAGCAGUAGGCACGGGAAAUAAUUCAGGAGAUGUUCUUUUUUCCCCUUUGUAUUUAGAGUACUGUAGUUUCUGAAAAGUGUAUUAUAAAUGUUUUAUUAACAGAAAGUGCCUUAACAACCACGUGUAUACUGGAUACUGCCUUCAGGUUGCAAUAAUGGUGGUGUUCUAACUUCUUACUAUGUCAAAAAUUAAAUAAAUGCCAAAAGAUUUUUUACACAGA